GUAAACAUGGAUGUCAAGCUAAGUCUACAGGUGGAAACAUAUCUCCGGUAAAAAGAGUUUUUGUCCCUUUGUUUCUUCGUUCCUUCGCAAUGUCUGAAACGAUUCCAGGUGGGAGACAAAGAGCGUCAUCUGAGGGGGAUAUUUUGGAUGACGACGACGACGAUGGCGCCUACAGCACAGGAGUAGGUGCCCCUUUGAACUCAGGCCACCGAAAGGUAAGCACAAGCGCAGUGUUGACAACUGUUGACAGACGAAGUCAAAGAGAAGACUACUAUUCCGAUGUUCCUGAAGAAAGACGAACCAUAGGGCCAUCAGAAAGGCGAAGUAAGUCGCGUAAGACAUCUUUUAAAUCAAUAAAGAAACUAAUGAAUCGUGUAAUGAAGAGUUCAUCUUCUGCGAGCUCAAUACACGAACAGGAUCCGUCAUCUCGUGUGACAUGGACACCAACACUCCGACGACGAAAUGACAACAUUCACGAUGCACCUGAUCUUCGAGGAUCGAGAAGAGGAAAGCACGAGAAGUCUGAAUCAACGUCAAGACCCCUCAUCACCGACCCAAGCUUCACAGGCCCGAAGUGGGAGAAAACCCCUGGAACAGUUGGCCUUAACAAUCAUGGGAACACUUGCUUUAUGAAUGCGAUUUUACAGUGCGUGGGGAACACAGAUUCAUUUGUGGAAUACUUUGUUGAUGGAGUGGUUAAAGAGGAUUUGAGAAACCUGAGAAAUAGCAGGAAAGGUGCCAUAAAAGCAGAUGUGACUGAGCAUUUAGCAGUGCUUCUGAAAUGUUUUUGGUCAAACCGAUACAGUGCUGAAGUGUCUAGGGAUUUUAAGUCCAUCGUGGGGAAAGCUAAUCAUCAGUAUGAAGGUAGUUCUCAACAUGAUGCACAGGAGUUUUUGUUGUGGCUGCUGGACAGACUGCAUGAAGAUCUAAACUCCAACAUUAAGAAGAAAAACAAACCACUGAAGAAUACAGCAAUGCGACCUGACGAGGAGUUGGCCAAUGAGGCACUGUCCUCAAGUCAGGGAAGUUUUGUGUCACAUCUCUUCAAGGGGCUCCAUCGGUCGUCACUGACGUGUCCCCACUGUGGGAAGCACAGCAACACAUUUGACCCUUACCUGUGUGUAUCACUGCCGCUUCCACAGAAAUGUCCUCGACCAGUCUUUGUCAAUGUUGUGUACUCAGGACAGAAACAGCUGAAAAUAGGACUGCGUAUGAAUACUUUUGAGUCAGUCAGAGACUUACGACACAGGAUUUCAAAGGACAUUCGGAUACCAGAAUCUGAGAUUGUGCUGUGUCAGAUGUCGGAGGAAGGGUUUCGCUCAACAUAUGGAGAUGACCAGCCUCUUUCUGACAUCCCAGAGACUGAAACAGUUUAUGCAUUCGAGACGUUGCCAGACAAUGACCCUGCCAGUGCUUCCUCCCGCUACGAGACACCCUUCAUACACAUCCUCCUAGUACAUGUAGAGAAGUCGACCAGCCCACAGGGACUUUUCCGCUUCUGCAGUCCAAGUGUUUUACGAGUACCGCGAGACUUUACUUAUAAACGUCUGCAGAAAGAAAUACUGCACUGCAUGGGGGAUGCAGUAAAGCCAGAAGCCCUCACCCAGAAAUCAGUAUUAUUCAACUUGCGAGUUGUGGACUGUCACCCCAGCAAGGCGUACCUCCCGUUAGAUGUGGAGAUGCCUCUAUACUCACAGGCAGUGGACAGAGUAAUGACGUACUACGGAGAGGACUAUGGGCCUGUCCACGUCAAGUUGAUGGCUGAAUGGGACACACAGAUUAAAGAGGCGUUUGUUGUCGAGGAUGAUGAUAACAUUGAUGAACACGCGUCAGUCCACCACCUCCGUAUCUCCCAGCAUUUGAGUCCGACAGCAUCGCUAGAUGAGUGCUUCAAACUCUACACACAGGAGGAGAAGUUGAGUGGUGACGAUGCCUGGCUAUGUCCCCACUGUAAGAAGCAGCAACAAGGCACCAUCAAGACCCUGGGUCUGUGGUCAUUGCCAGAUGUCCUAGUCAUACACCUCAAGAGGUUUAAACAGGUUGGCAUGAGAAGGAACAAGCUGAACACUUUGGUGAACUUCCCUGUUAGUGACCUGAACAUGACUGAACACGUGGUCCAGAGGGAGGACAUACUGAACGGUCACCCUGGACACAGAUUGACCAAUGGCAAGGACACCUCAGGAGGGAGGGAUGAUGACAUGGUUUAUGAUCUGUUUGCUGUUUGUAAUCACUAUGGAAACAUGAAUGGAGGCCAUUAUACAGCGUUUUGUAAGAACCCUAUUGAUGGCCAGUGGCAUGAGUAUGAUGACACAAGGGUGAAGGACAUGUCCCAGUCACAAGUUACAUCUAAAGCAGCCUACCUGCUGUUCUACCAGCGGCGCAGCCUAUCCAAGUGUUGCAAUCAAAACCUGCAUACUGGCAAACACUGGAUCUUCCGUAUGUACACCAACAACAACAACAAUAACAACAACAACCAUGUUCCCCCCAGCCCUUCCAGUCCGACCAGUGCCAAGUCGGUACACUUUGACACCUCCUCACCCCAGCAGAUCCCACGUCACUCCCAGCCUAUGACGCCCAACACGUUGCGGAGGGAAAUGGGAGAGCAUCCCAUCAAACCUAUCCUGCGACCUCUCACCCCUCAACCUCCACGAAGACAGAACUACAGCCCACAGGAAAUAGAUUAUUACGACCACAGUCCAACAUCUCGGGGAAGGGAGGUAACUCAGGAGUUCCGAGUACGAGCUCCACUUGUUCGGCAGCACUCAGAGCCUGAUGCUCAUAAAGGGAUGGGUGCAUGUUUCAGUUUAAAUCGGACUUCUGGACACAAUAGUGAAGUGUACGGUGUCAAAUCUCCUCAGUUACCUGAGAAGCACAGCCAUUCCUCUAACCUUCUGAAUGGACACGAUCACGAGAGUGGUACAUUCAGGAGAAGCUACAGAUCACAGGAAAGGACAAGGCCUAACAUUAGUCAUGAUGCCAAUUGCCACCGCCCUCCCCGCCCUCCAACAGACUCCUAUUCUUCACGGGAUUCAACGGACAGUUCAAAUCACACUUCUCAUUCAACAAAUGACAGUUCUUCCCACCCUGUGCGAGCUGUGAAUGGCUCAGGGUAUCUUUCCUCGCCCAAUGAAAGCCCAAGCCAUACAUCAAGAGCUUCGUCUGAUCUUAGGCAACGGCGCAGCUCCAGUGAAGGGCCUGUGGUGGUGUCUCAUGUGCCGCAGGACAAGAUGUCUGUCAUGGUGGCUGAGUCAAAACAGAUCGUGCCUCCAAGUCCUGUGAUGGCUGCACCGUUACCCAACGGAACAAGAGCCUUGGAGGAGAUGAGAAUGUUGGAGAAGAGAGGAUCAUCUGAGGAGAGGAGGAUAAGUGAAGAGAGGAGAGUGCCUGAGGAGAGAAGGCUGUCCGAGGAGAGGAGAGUGUCCGAGGAGAGAAGGGCAUCAGAAGAGAGGACAUAUGUCCAUCGAGACUUCAAGACCAUUGACACUCGCACAUCAGGCUCUGCACGUAAUUCUGAAGACCGAGAAAUUCCUGAGAAGUAUGCUACCGUCGGUCGUGACAUUCAGAUGAGAAUUGAUGCUCUGAUGGAUCAUUCACGCAACACACAACAACACCAGACAGACAGUAACAUGAACACAUAUUCCCGACCUCCCCGACCCCACACCGUGCAGCGACGGCAAAAUGAUGCCUACGUGAUGGAGCCGCGUGAACGGGAUAACAUGUCUAUCUCUAGUCUCAGUCAGAGGCAGAGUCGCAGUCGCUCAAACAUUGAUGCAAGAGACACUAUGUCUGUGAAAAGCUUUGGGGACCAGGUUUACAAUGGCUAUGGCCGAAGAGAUUCCAGUCGGGGCCCAGUGCGGUACCGACCACACAUACACAAAGGACACAUGCAUGCACAGAUGCAGGCAAGACGCAGCAUUGAAGUGCCAGCACCUUGUUUAAAAGAGUCGUCUGUGUAGUGGAUCGCUAAGGUGGAUGCUCAUCCUUGGUGAAGACAUGAAUCCGGGUUUCUGUGCUUGUUUAGGGGAUGACAUUAAUUGUUGAAGACAGAAACCAGUAUUGGAAUGCAUUAAUGGGAUAACAUAGGAUCUGUUUGACUGUUGUGUUGCAUAGCUUGGAUCUGCGGCAGGAUGUUUACCAUUGAUUGAUAUGUUUAGUGCUAAGCUUCUUCUGAUGGAAGAUGUUGUGGAGACUUGUUAAUGAUACGUGACAGUUGCACUGCUGAUGUCUAUGGAACUUGUAUUGUAACUCUGAAGGUAAACCUGGCUUUAAGGGAUUUGCGGUAGUGUGAGGUAGAACAUCCCAGGAAGAGAUUAUAGCAUGUUGGUGUUGAAAGCGACUGCUGAGCAGUGAAAUGUUGGACUCCUCGAACUAUAGUGCUGUGAUGUUGUACUUUGUUGUGACGUCAGGUAAAGUAGGAUGUGUGUCUGAAUACAUGGUCCGCCGGCAUAGCUCGUGUGCCAUGUUUGUUCAUGAAGCAACAUGAAAAAGGAUGAAUAUUUUGUUUAUACAUGUACUCUGUGAAUCCUAUAUUGUCACAGUAUAAAAGUACUAUCAUGAUCAGUUUUCACAAAUUUGUGUUAACUCCUUGGGACUAGUACAGCUGAAUCAUUGAAAACACUUGGAGCAUUCUGUUCAAGGUUUUGUAACCUUGUUUUUUAUGGAAGGCUGAUAAGAGAUGCCAGUUUUUUGUGUGGGUAUUGUAUUGUGGAGAUGCAUGUGGGAUGUGUCUAGGACUGUGCAUGUUUGUUUGACUUGAUUUCUCACUUGUUAAUGACACUAUUUCACCACAACCAUGUGUAUAUAAUAGAUCCCAGUAGCUGCACUGUACAUAGACACAGCAGGCACAUAUCAUGUACAUACAUCUACAGCGUGGAGUUGGACAGCCUGGUGUGUAAAGACUAGAGGCAUGCACUGCCUUACUGUUGACAGUAGAUAUCAGAGUAGUCCAUAUCUUCAUAUAAUUGUGUACAGUAAUUUUCAAUAUUUGAAAAUCUAACUGUUCAGUGAAUAGCUAAUAUAUAUAUAUAUAGUUGUUGUAUAUUCUUACACAUGCUACUCACUGACUGCAAGUACCAGUGGAUGUGACUCUGUGAUUAAGGGAGACAUUUAUCAGAGAUACUGUCACAGUGAUGUGCUUCAGUAUGUUUUUCAAGAAAUGUGAACUAAAGUUCAAGCAAUGUGUUUCAAGAGCAGGACCUAAACUUGAACAAACCACUUCCAAAAGCUGUGCAUCCUUCCUGUGGAAUGUGUGGGUAAUCCUGAUGACAUUGCAACUUGACUCUCAUCAAUUGUCAAAAGUUACCUCCCUUUCAGGAAAUGCCAUGGGAAUAAUACAUGAAUCCUUCCACAUGAUUGACAAGAUUGGCAAAUUUCAAAAUGAACUGAAUGAGUUGGGCUCAAAUACCUUCUCUGGCCCAGCUCUCCAUACACAGUAUUAUUGUUUCCUUUCCACAAAUAUCAAAUUCAGUCUUCAUGGGUGAGUCGGGAGUCACAUCCAGGGGUAUCGACCAAGUACAAUGUGACACUGUUUUGUCCUUAUGUCCAUACAGCAAUGCAAGUGACCAUACCUUGCCUUGUGCCAUAGGUACACUACCACUCAGCGACAACGAUUUACAUAAUCAGUGUGUGCAAAUAUACAUCAUCACAAAGUGUUAGUGUUGCUGUUCUAUCUGGGAUGUACUUAGUCAUUGUUGAUGAAAUUACAGUUAGUAUGAAAGGUCUUUGGCUAGGAAGGGAAUUUGAAUGUCACCGUUGAACCGACCUGUUCUUGUUGAGUUGCUGAAGGAUAUAAUGUUUCUAUUUGUUUACCUUUCUGGACAUGUGUUAACUGGGUAAAUAAAACAAUGUUACAUUUUUUAUACUACCCAAAAAAAGUUAAGGACCACCAUUUGGGUGUUCCUUAACUUCUUUUGAGUAGUAUAAAUUGGUAGCCUAUCAAUCUAGUAAUUUUCUGGUAAAUAUAUCUUUGUGUAGCUAUGGCAUGACAUAUAAGAUAUUUUUUUAGCUGUCAUAUUUUGGCUUUUAGACACUUCAUCCCUUCAACUUAUCCCAAAGUGGGUAAGGAUUGUUGAAGCUCCUUGAAUUACCUUAAUUACAUGUACUUGGAAGGAUGUUUGUUACAUCAAAUUUGGAAAUAAUCAAAAUCAUCAUUGAUCAGUUUCUCCCUUUUCCAUUUACCUAAAGCUAGUGUUAUGUGAGUGUGGUUGAGUGAACACAACGGAGAUGUUUCCAGUGUUUUGCAGUUACUGUUGAUGGUGCAUAUCUGUGUGAGGACCAGUGUUAUGUGAAUGGUGUUUGUUGCUGUAUGUGAAUGAAGGCUUUGACUGAAUAUUGUACAGCCAGUGUUUUCUGCAACACUAUUGUGUUCAUUGUCAUUAUGAUUCCAUAUCAUAAAUUACCCGGUGAAAUUUAUGAUGAAUUGUUUUUCUAGGUAUAUCAAAUAUCCAUGAGUUAGGAUUUUGAGAACCUUUGAAAUACAUGUAUAUUAUGAUUCACUGUUUAAUAGGAAUUCCACAUCAUGAAUGAAUGACAGGUAGUCACAAUUGCAAUUAUUAUAUCAUGUCAGACAUAUUUUAAUCAGUUAUUGGUCUGUGUGCAUAUUUUGAUUAGUUUUAGUAUUUUUGUGUAGAUUAUUGUGAAUAGAAUAGCUGUAAAUAGUUGUAACAUGAUUUGGGCAGCUAGCACUCGAAGAGACUCUCUUGUAUUGUCUUUUUCAAGUAUUUUCAUUUCUUUUCAGCCUUUGUUAUGCUAUCAUAUCCUUUCUUCAAUAUUGAAGUCCCAACAAGAAUCUUUCAAUUGAGAAAAUUUCAUUUGCAAUAAACAGGACAAAGAUAGCAUUUUUGGUCAUGAAAAGAAUUAAUGAUAAGGCUUUUGAGAUGGUCCCUAAGGGUUAGUUUCCCUCCAUUUGUCCAUGACAUUGUUCCCAGAGAGACAUUAACAUGACUGAAAUGGCAUUUGUUUGUUCUGACAUUGUUUAUCAUCCAGUAGAUUGGAUGUAGACUUGUCCAUUUGGCUUUGUGUAUCAUAAAUAGCCUCAUGAAUCUUCACUGAUUCAAUCACUCAUUUUAACCCCAUCGCAGCAUAGAUCCUUCAACUGCUAAUCCACCUCAAUAACUUUGGUUAGAUUUGAAGUAUAUACAUGCCAUCUAUUAUUGUGGUCAGAUUGGGAAUUGCCAACUAAUAAGAUAGUUCAUUGAUGGACGAUUUCAGUGUUUUUGUCAACAGACUAUCUUCCAGUUGAUAUUCAGUUAAUGGUUGAUUUAAGUGCUUGAUUGUAGUGCACAGUACUGUAAUUUUGUCCACUAUAUCUAUUUAUUGAGUAUUCUGGGUACAUACUGAUUCCAGGUGGUAUGCCUGACUUGCUAUUCCUAUAUUGAUGCUACCCCUAUAUUGAUGCUACCUAGUGAGAGAACAUUCCACAGCUUCCUGCAGCAUUGCUACAACAACCACAGUGUUGCACAACCAGGACCAGCCACCAGCCAUGACAGCUGUUGAUGAGCGUUAGAAACUAGAAAUUUACAAUCACUUGAUAAAUGUGUUUUGUUUUAAACCAAACCCACCCACCCCCCAAAAAACACUUUUUUUAAUAAAAUAUAUAUAGUGUCAAGUCAAAGAGUUACUUCGCCUCCAAUUUUUGUGUUGCCCCAACUUUGAAGAUUUUUCAUUAAUUACUCAACAGACUUUAAAACUUUAUUCAAAUUUUGUUGGUGAAACCGUAAAGCAAGAAAUUAGAAUAACCUGAAGAUGAUUAGGAACUAACUUUAUUUAUUUAAUUUGUCAGAAUAAUGCUCUUGGUUGUCACACAUACCCACUACCGGUUACAUAUGAUGUUGUGUGACUCACAAAUACUAAUAACUACAGUCAGUCACUGAUUAAUAUUAGGUCAGUAAAAACUAGUUUCUUUGUGAUUGAAAUAAGCAAAAGAGGUAGUCGGCUUCUACGUUCCACUUGCCCCAUGAAUAUUGUACUGCACACAUCAAGUUUAUUUUCUGAUGCUGCUAUUGAAUCAGACUCCAUCAGAAAAAUUAUGAUGUCUAAGUUGAUGGUUGGGAUUGAUUCUUUGUUGAUUAAUGCUUUUUCUUCGUUAUUUUGCAAGGAAAUAUACUGUUUCUAUCAUUGAUGCAAUUUGUUCGGAAGUAACAUGGGCAGGUAAAGAAACGUAAUUCUCCCUUGGGAAACAAAAAUGAAUUCAAUGAGUAAUCAACCAAGACUUUUAUUAUUUCUUGAAAUACCAAAUGUUGUUAGCAGCAGAAGUCUAUAUAUACCAACUUGUUUUGUACUAACAUUAAAUGGUUUACAGUAUAUUUAGAACAUGAAAGAAUUAAUGGGGGAAAAGGAUUGUUGAGUUGUCAAAAGAUGCCACUAUUUGUUGGACCUGCUGGCAUUUGUGUCCUUCUGUGUCUGUGGGUUUCACCUAAACGGUAUACUAUCACUUGUGUCCCUUGUUUUUCUCCCACACGAUUGAAUUAUUUACUUAAUUUCAAAAUAAUUCUCGCAGUCCAUAAGAAUGAACGUGUUGGGUAAGGGAAAAGUGUCAUGGCUUCACUUGACUAUUGAACUGGAAGCAAUCCUUGGAAACUGUAACAAACAUUACUUUCUUUACAUGCUUGUGUGUUUUCUGAUGCAUAAAAUUCUUCAAUUUUUAACUGUUUGUGAUAUUUUACUAAGAAGUAACCAAAAUGUAUGGUUUAAUAUAUUACAAUUUUGUGUCGAUAACAUUCCACAUUUUAUGUACAUGUGCAAUUGCUGUUUAUGUUUAGUUUGUAGUGAUUGUGUGAAGACCAACACUGUGCUGCUUCUUGUUUUUAUGUCGUAUGUCACUAUUUAUUUUGUUUCAAGUUUGCAUAUUCUUCCAAUUUCAUUCAUCAAUUUAAAGUGCUGACAUUUUGUUUUUUUGUACAUGAAAAUCAAAUGCAAUUCAUAGAAAUAUGACAUAUCUGCAGGCCAUAUGCUGCAGCCUUAGUGAUGCUCAUUAUUGACGACAAUAUCAUAUAUGUUUGUACGAAUGCUGUUUUGAAUCAUAUGGCUUAAAAGUGGCUGGAGUCACUAUUUCCUGUGCUUGCCUCAGAUAUGGAUUUCACGUAUCUAUUUUGUCUCCUACUAGUACUACUGAUAAUUACCCUCAAAUUACCUGUAUCACCUUGAUCAAAAGGGGAACUCUUGGCAUGGCAUCAUAUUUACUGUGCUAGGCAUCAGAGUGGCUACGCACAUUCCAAGAUUCGCCCUGCAUUGGAAAGGUGUCAUUUUGGACAUGGUCAAAUGUAAAUUAUCUUUGAAUAUGAGGUGAUAUAGCUGUUUGAUUUAUUUACUGGUAGACAUAUAGACAUUGCUUGUCUUCUCUCAGGAUUACUUCUUAAUGAUUAAUGUCUCAAAAACAAUGAUAUGAAUCAGUGAUGACAUUUUAGAAACUUAUCUUUUUCCCCCUGUUAAUCAUUGUCUCACUUUUUUUUAUAUAGAACUGAAAAGAGAAUAAUCAAACAAUAGUUACUUAAUCCCUUGUUUGUUGUUAAUUUUUCUUUUGGAAUUGAUAUUUUAUGAAAUACAGUAUGAUUAUUGCCAUGGAAUGAUUUUAUUACUUAAUCAUUGAUAUCUUUACUCAGGAGGAAUUCCUCAUGCACAGAUUGAAAUGUCCUCUAGUCUAAAGGCUGGUUCCCAGACAGGCAGUUCUAUCUUGUCCAGUGGGAUCCUGACACUUGGCAGUCCUAUGUUCAGGAUCUGGUGUAGGAGCUGUUAUUGCUUGUACAGUUGGGCCCUUAACAUGCCCUUUAAUGUGAAGCCCCAUUAUCUCAAUGUUCCAAGAACCAAAGGACAAUAGAUGAGGAGAGAUAAAGGCGACCUCUGAUGUUCCAUGCAAUAUCUGUCCUUGCAUAGUAAUACCAAUGGACCUAAGUCACUGGACUCGUUUCAGUUGAAAAUUGGAAUGAUACAUUAUUUAUGUACAUUAUUAAUUUGUUCCUUAAUUUCAGAUCUGAAAACAAUUUUUUUAAGUAAUACAUUUUGUGGUAUUUUAUUUGUUAAUCAAUGCAUAAUUGCUAAAUUAUCUUUUUGUUGUUAAUAUUUUACUGCAGAUAAUCUUGAUGAGUGAUAUUGUGUCAAGAGGUAUUACUAGGCACAAAUAUACCAGUUGGGGUCUGAGGAUGAGAUAAUGGGACAGGUGUGGUCAUGCCCACAAAUUUACAGUGUUGGACUUGACCUGAUGUUCAAGUGUAAAUUUGUUGUGCAGUAAGUUUACAGUUUCUGAAAUGUCUACAUAUUAAACAAACUCUUAGUUUUGCUCAUGGCUUUAUCACAAUAACUAUUCCAUUUUCUAUCAGCAUUACUUUAUUUGUGGUUAGUUGGUAUACUACUAUGUAUAACAAUGUUAAAUGUGUAAUUCAACAAGCUAAGGUAGUUUUCAAUGCAAUAAUGUUCAUGUGAUUCAUGUUCUUUUCAAUAUCAUGUCUUUUUAGGACAAUUAAAUGUACAUUUAAAUAUAAAUUUUGCCAUCAUUAAGUUUCCUUGUUAACAGUAUGUAAAAUAAAAUAAUU